AUGGAUGUAUUUAUUAAUGCAAAUAAUUCACUUGAUGGUUUACCAAUUAAAAUUCGUGAAUAUGUACAAGAAAAAAUUGAUUUAUGUCAACCAACUAAUUUUCAUUUAUGUGAUGGAAGUGAAGAAGAAAAUCAACAAUUACUUGAUAGUAUGGAACAAGCCGGUGUUAUUCGACGAUUAAAAAAAUAUAAAAAUUGUUAUAUUGCAACAACUGAUCCACGUGAUGUAGCUCGAGUUGAAUCACGUACAAUUAUUUGUACAAAAAAUAUGAAUGAUGUUAUUUCAACACCACGUUCAGGUUUUCCUCCUAUUACAGAUCCAAAUUUACCUAAAAAUCUCAAACAGACACCGUUGGGAAAUUGGAUGGAUUCGGAUGAAAUGCUAGAAAUUCUUGAAAAACGUUUUUCUGGUUGUAUGCGUGGUCGUACACUUUUUAUUAUUCCAUAUAUGAUGGGUCCAUAUUCAAGUCCAUAUUCUAAAAUAGCUGUUGAAAUAACCGAUUCACCAUAUGUUGUUGUUUCAAUGCGUAUUAUGACACGUAUGGGUUCACAUGCUUUUAAUGAUUUAAAAGAAUCUGAUGGAUCAACAAUUGUUAAAUGUCUUCAUUCAGUGGGUGUACCAUUACCAACAGAUAAACCGAUUUGUUCAACAUGGCCAAGUAAUCCUGAACAAACAUUAGUUACACAUUUUCCUGAAAGAAAUGAAAUUAUUAGUUUCGGUAGUGGUUAUGGAGGAAAUUCGCUAUGUGGAAAAAAAUGUUUAGCUUUACGAAUUGGAAGUAGUUUAGCAAAAAGAGAAGGAUGGUUAGCUGAACAUAUGCUUAUUAUGAGUGUUACAAAUCCAGAAGGUGUAAAAAAAUAUUUUGUUGCAGCUUUUCCAAGUGCUUGUGGUAAAACAAAUUUAGCUAUGCUUCGUCCACAAACACUUCCUGGUUAUAAAGUUGAAUGUAUUGGUGAUGAUAUUGCUUGGAUGCAUUUUGAUGAAGAUGGUCAUUUACGAGCAAUUAAUCCUGAAUAUGGAUUUUUCGGUGUUGCACCUGGUACAAGUAAAUCAACAAAUCCAAUUGCAUUAGAUAUGGUACAUGAAAAUACAAUAUUUACAAAUGUUGCUGAAACAAGUGAUGGAGAUGUGUAUUGGGAAGGAAUUGGUGAAGAAAUUGAUGGACUUCACCAACCAUCAAUUCGUUCAUGGAAAAAUAAACGAUGGUCUGUUGAUUUAGGUGAACCAGCUGCUCAUCCAAAUAGUCGCUUUUGUACAGCAAUUAAACAAUGUUCAAUUCUCGAUCCUGAAUGGAAUAAUCCUCAAGGUGUACCAAUAGAAGCUAUUAUUUUUGGUGGACGACGACCCAUUGGUGUACCAUUAGUUUACGAAUCAUUUAAUUGGCAACAUGGAGUUUUUGUUGGUGCAUCAAUGAGAUCCGAAGCAACAGCUGCAGCUGAAUUUAAAGGAAAACAAAUAAUGCAUGAUCCAUUUGCUAUGAGACCAUUUUUUGGUUAUAAUUUCGGCAAAUAUCUUUCACAUUGGUUAUCUUUUGGAAACAAACCAAAUUUACAUUUACCAAAAAUUUUUCAUGUUAAUUGGUUUCUUAAAGAUAAACAAACAAAUGAAUUUUUAUGGCCAGGUUUCGGUGAAAAUAUUCGUGUUAUAGAUUGGAUAUUUCGUCGUUUAACAAAUGAUUUAUCACAACAAGCAUCAGCAUAUAAAACACCAAUAGGUUAUAUACCUGAUCAAACAACUUUAAAUGGUAUACGUGGUAAUAAUGUUAAUCCAGCAUUACUUGAAAUUUCAACGGAAUUUUGGCGUGAAGAAUGUAAAGCAAUAAGAAACUAUUUUCAUGAAAAUGUCAAUGAAAAUUUACCAGAUGAAAUCACUUUUGAAUUAAAUGCAUUUGAAAAACGUUUAUCACAAGAAGUAUGA